AUGUCGUCAAAAGACAUUAAGAAAAACAAAAAAUGGUUAAAAGAUACAUGGCAUUUAUACACAGAGACAUUUGAAUCUGUAUGCGAAACAUCUUAUAAGGAAAAUUCUCAAUUUAAAGAAACAGAUAAAGCUGCUUCAGAAGCAUACAAGAAUAUGCAAAAAAUAUUAGAUGAUUUUGAACAGCUUGCAAAGCAAGAAAUGUCUUCACCUGCAGAGUUAGUAGAGGAAACGGAAGAUAAAAAUGCAGAAAGCACACAUGCAGAUACGCCAACUUCUGUGGAUGGAAAGGCAGGUAAUAUGGAUUCGGACAGAAAAACAAAACAACAGUCUCCAGGCAAUGAAAGUGUAAUUAUACUGAAUCACAAAGAGUCAAAUGAAAAACCUAAAAAGAUUAUAAUGCGUUUUCAACAAAGAAUUGAUUUGUUGAAAGAAAAAAUAAAAAACAUUAAGGGAAAACUGCCGGAAGCAACUAAAGGGUUGCUUGAUACGAACCGAGCCAAUAUUGAAGCUCAGUUUAAAGACAUCACAGUAUUAUACAACAAAAUUUGCGAUGAAAAUUAUGAUGACGAAGAGAUAGAAGGAACCUUCAUACUGAUGAGAGCCAGUUAUGAAGAAAUCUUAGAAGAAAUUGCGAUAAAAUAUGACGAGAAUAUAGCGACUGAACACUGCAAUCCAACACGUUUAGAAGACUUAAGACUGCCAAUUUUUAAUGGAACUGUAGAUAAUUGGAACUCUUUCCAAGAAAUAUUCUCAAAACUAGUAGAUAGUAACAAGAUGCUAUCUAAUGUUGAGAAAUUUUAUCGACUGAAAAACGUCAUAAAAGGGGAUGCUGCACGGCUAAUUCAAUAUCUUCAAGUAACAGGAGAAAACUACAAUGCAGCAUGGACAAUAUUAGAGCAUAGAAUCAUUGAUCAUAGCAGCGUUAAUAUACAAAAUGCUGCAAGUAUUAAACAGUUGCUGGAUACUGCAACAGAAUCAUAUCAAGCUAUAAAAGCUAUGGGAAUACCAAUUGAGGAUGCAGAUCCAUUUAUAGCAAGAAUUCUCAUUCGAAAACUGGAUAAAGAAGUAGGUCACUCUGUUAUUGAAUGUCGGAAGUUUACUCAGCUAUCGGUUAGUGAUAAAAACUCCUGGAUUAAUAAAUCAAAGUUAUGUAAAAUAUGUUUUGCACACAAAAAUGACAAGAAAUUCUAUAAGCUGGAUAAAAAGUGUGAGCAAUGUGGAGGACAGCAUCACAGUAUGCUACACUUUCAGAGAAUUGUGCAAGAUAAACCACAAACUAGUGCUGGUGCAGCUGCAAGCAUGAUUACCAAAGAAAAUAGUGCAAUCACUUUAUUAGCAACAGCACAGAUUCAAGCGGAUUCUGCAAGUGGUGAAAAGGUUUUGUUAAGAGCGCUGCUAGAUCAAGGUUCACAGAGGACAUCAAUUUCAGAGGAAGCAGCACAAAUAUUAAGGUUACAUAGAACUAAAUCAAGAACGGAUCUGAUUGGAUUAGGAAAUACAUUAGUAGGAAUAUCAAAAUCAACAGUAGAACUCGUAAUUCGUCCAAGAUUUAAAAGCAAUAACAGUUACAAAAUUAAAACUAUGGUUCUUAGCAAGCUAACAUCAGCACAACCUAAUAAUUCGUUUAAUGAAGAUUUAAAAAAAUGGGACAAUUAUUGUUUAGCUGAUCCUAUGUUUAAUAAAUCUGACCGGGUAGAUAUAGUGCUGGGAGCAGAUAUCCUUACCGAGAUAUUGCAGCCGGGUUUGAGAAAAUGGGGUAAAAUCUUAGGUCAAGAAACUUCUCUUGGUUGGAUAUUAUCUGGAGUUAUCAACACAAACAAUACAGUUAAAACUAUAAUAUCAGCAGUUACUUCAAACAUUGAGAGAUUUUGGGAAAUUGAAGAAGUUUGUGAAGCACCUGAAAUAAAUGAAACUGAUAAAGAAUCUGUAAUAAGAGAUGACCAUUCAACAACAAAAGUUCGGGUAGUAUUUGAUGCUUCAGCAAAAACUACUAACGGAAAAAGCUUAAAUGAAAUACUACACACUGGACCUAAGCUACAGUUGGACUUAUUUCAGCUACUUAUCAAGUGA